AAAAAUUAUUCAUAAUUAGAAGAUAUUGAAGUUGAUCUAUUUCACCAUAUUUCAGUAUUUCUCUGGAGGCCAAACUAAACAUGCUGGUGACAAGGAGGGCUUUAAAAACAUCACAUCACUUUAUUCUGCUUCUGAUUAUGGCAGAUGGCCAGGCAGACAAGAUGGAAAAGCCUUUCUGGCUGGAUAGAGUGAAUUUUCACAGAUAUGAGAGUUGGAAAUAGUCUGAUCAGAUCUUCUCUGGAGUAAAAGGGCCAAACCCAGAUCCCUACUUUCUUCACUGUGCCUUUGUAGGGUGGAUUCUUUCCUUGAGUCUUGAGUUCAGGAACUUUCUUCUGCCUCAUGAAUUGUACCAUUUUCACCUAGUUCUUUCCAAGUUCUUCAAAACAAGAAAAAAAAAAUCUUCCUCUUAGUAUUUCUGAAUCUUUCCUUGAAUAUCUGCUCCUUAAUGCAUUCAAGCAUCUUCCUCUUCUCAGGAGUGCCCUUGUCCUAAUUUCAGCUGAAGGCUUCUUCCUUGCAGUCUCAUUCUUUGCCCCACUUCAUAGGCCUCUCUCAGCUUCAGUUACUUCUACCAAUUACUUCUUUGGGCAGAAAUUCUUGAGGAAAAUGUUGCAGUUACUACUCCUAUAUGCAGAUAAACAUUUAAGACCCUAAUGUUCCCCUUAAGUUAUAUGCACCACACACAUCAUGCUGUGAAUACCAUUGUAAUUAUCAGGGUCUGGUUAAUAAGCUCCGUUUUCUCCUCCUUGCCAUGGUAUUUUGUAUUAAUAUUUAUUUUGGCCUCCAAACAAGAAUAUGUCUACACCAAGAACCUCUAUCCUGUUUUCUGCCUUUCUUUGAAUAAAACCCUUAUUCUGUGGAUUACAGCACAACACUUUUAUAUCCCCUUUUUAAAUCGCCAUAAGCACACAUAGCCAGUAAACAGAGGAGUUCAGUGCCCCCAUGGGACUGUACAGAUGCAUGGCAAGCCAGGCUGUGCAACCACAUCUGUACUAGUACUGGCACAGGAGAGAACUUAAGAAACAGUGGAACGAUAUUAACAUACCAGGGAAUUACCAGGCUGCUAGAACUGGCAUGCACACACCAACAUGACAGUACAACGACUGAUUUUUGAUUUCAAGGGGGCUGGUUGGCUCACCCUCUGCAUUAGCCACGGCUCUCCCACUUCCAUCCAGAGAGGGUGGUUUUCCACACGGCAUGAUGUAGCCAACAGUCUCACUGCCUGGGAUUUAUGUACUUUCAGUUGCUGCUAAAGCUCUUCUAUUUGCCUUGGCAGUUGGAGCAGCAUACUUCAAGCUUCUGCUCUAGAUAGCUCUUCCUUAUUCAGCACUUGUUACUAGGAGAAGGCAGGGAAGCCCGCCCCUGCAGCAGGCGGGAUGAAAUGAGUGCCUUUGCCCAGAUUUUAAAGGAGACCGACACCUGCCAAUUACUCCGAUAUGACCAUACAAGCUGUGUUUUUGAUAACCCCUCCUUGGAAGCAAAGAUCAGAAAGCCUGAGGUGAAGAGGGAAGUAAGAACAAAGCUCCUGCAGGGAGUAAGCAUGGAGAGGUACCUCCUAAUGUCAUUGACUUCAUGUUUAUUCUGGAACACAUUUGGCUUCAGUGCAGCUGUGGACUCUAAACCCAAUAUACUUCUGUUUCUGGCUGAUGAUCUUGGCAUUGGAGAUAUAGGUUGUUAUGGGAACAAUUCCAUAAGGACCCCAAACAUCGACCGCUUGGCAAGAGAAGGAGUGAAGCUUACUCAACACAUUGCCGCAGCUUCACUUUGCACUCCGAGCAGAGCAGCUUUCCUCACUGGCAGAUACCCCAUUAGAUCAGGGAUGGCAUCCAGCAACAGGUACCGAGCGCUGCAGUGGAACGCUGGGUCAGGAGGGCUCCCUGCUAAUGAGACGACAUUUGCCAGGCUGCUGCAGCAACAAGGCUAUACCACUGGACUGAUAGGAAAGUGGCAUCAAGGUGUAAACUGUGAAUCCUUCAAUGAUCACUGUCACCAUCCUCUCAAUCAUGGGUUCGACUACUUUUAUGGAAUACCUUUAACACUUCGAAACAACUGUCAAAAAAAUAAACCUCCAGACCUGGAUGCAGCCCUGCAAGCUAAGCUUUGGCUUUACAGUCAGAUAAUUACCCUUGCUGUGCUCACUCUUACUGCUGGAAAACUGAUUGGUUUGAUUUCCAUCCGCUGGAAGACAAUUGCCUGUGUUACUUUGGUGGGCAGCCUUUUCUUCAUUUCUUGGUAUUCCAGUUAUGGCUUUGUGCAGUAUUGGAACUGUAUCCUGAUGAGGAACCACGAUGUCACUGAGCAACCAAUGAGGUUAGAGAGGACUGCUUUCCUCAUGCUGAAGGAGGCAAUAUCAUUUAUCAAAAGAAACAGGCAAGGACCAUUUCUACUCUUUGUUUCCUUUUUACAUGUUCACACCCCCCUCUUUACCACGGCAAAAUUUCUUGGGAAGAGCUGUCAUGGUUUAUAUGGAGACAAUGUAGAAGAAAUGGACUGGAUGGUGGGGAAAAUUCUGGAUUUGCUUGACGAAGAAGGUUUGAAAAAUCAUACAUUCACAUACUUUGCCUCUGAUCACGGAGGACACUUGGAGGCUCAGAAUGGGUCUGCCCAGCUAGGUGGCUGGAAUGGUAUUUAUAAAGGCGGAAAAGGCAUGGGAGGCUGGGAAGGAGGGAUCCGUGUGCCAGGAAUAUUUAGGUGGCCAGGAGUGCUACCUGCAGGCACAGUUAUUGAUGAACCUACAAGUCUUAUGGAUAUUUAUCCCACAGUAGUUCAUCUGGCUGGAGGAAUAUUGCCGCACGACAGGGUGAUUGAUGGACAAAACUUGCUGCCUUUACUGCAAGGAAGAGCUCAAAAGUCAGAUCAUGAGUUUCUAUUUCACUACUGUGGGUCCUACUUGCAUGCAGUGCGGUGGCACCAAAAGGACAGUGGAGCUAUCUGGAAGGCUCAUUUUGUGACUCCAGUCUUUCAUCCACCUGGAGCUGGAGCUUGUUAUGGAAAAAAAAAUUGCCCAUGUUUUGGGGAAGGCGUGACCCACCAUGACCCUCCAUUGCUGUUUGAUCUCUCACGAGACCCUUCUGAAGCCAAACCUCUCUCAGCUGACACUGAGCCCCUCUUUGACACUGUCAUAAGGAAGAUUGGAAGAGCCAUCGAAGAGCAUCGCAGGACACUGACUCCAGUCCCAGAGCAGCUCUCUGUGUACAACGUGGUGUGGAAGCCGUGGCUGCAGCCGUGCUGUGGGACAUUCCCAUUCUGCUGGUGUGAUAAGGAAGGAGACAGCACACGAAUUUUGUGAGGUGUGUGUUCUAG